UUGAGUUAUGUGCCGAAUGUGCGUCAUGUGCAGCGAUCUACUGAAUCACAACUGCUUGCGUGAUUUGCCGAGUGUUGCUCACCGUGGUGGCGGAGUCGGAGUUUCACUGCAAGUAAGUGAUCAACAACAGGAAAAUGAAGUAAUCCCUUCCAACACUUCAUCUUCGCAGGUACCCACACCCGAGUCGCCACAGCCGGGACCAAGUGGUUUACAAGAUGUGAUGCAGUCCCCCAUACCCUCCACUUCGUCGGAUGAGAGAUCAACACCACCUGCAUCCGGCAUCCCACACCCGGAAACAGUCAGAUCACUGGAACGGGAGCAACCUGAACUGAUUGAUACAAGGAAUAAUUUUCUUCUCACCAGGGAGACAUACAGCAUACCUGGGCAUGUGAGUCGCGACCCACUAGGUCUACUCGUAGAUUUUAAACACUUUUUUAUUAAACAAAUUCAAUCUUAUUUCGGUGCUCAAGGUGCAGAAUUUCCACCUACAUUAAAAACAUUUGCUCUGAUGCCACUGGUAUUAGUCAAAUUCUCCACCUCAGGAGAAGAUGUCACACGCGUCAUUCACAUUACCUUCAGAUCACGUCUGAUUACCUAUCAGGACGUGGAAGAACUAAUUGACCUAUGGAUCAGUCAAUUAGCUCAAUGUCUGGAUAGUCUAACGAGUGAGACCGAUGGCUCUGGUUUUAUAAUUUCUCAUGUAGAUGGGUUUUUCAUCAACUAUUGCCUACAUGCCGCAUGUAAUGGUAUUGGAGAUUUUAUCCCUACCCUAGGGGUCUGCGUGACUCGCAGGAAUUGUUUAACCCUAAGGGUGAAUAUUCCUCAUGUGUUGUACAAUGUUUGGCUGCCUACAAACUCCACGCUCAAGGGAAGGAGUGGAAACAGAUAG